UGAAGAGAGAGGAGAGGAGGAAGACUUCCUGGAAUGAAGCCUCAGUCAGAUCAGCACUAUUUACACUGUUUGGCCUCCUCCUCUUCCAGGCAGGUAAGGGAACAGUCCACCGUUCAACUUCAUGAUUCGUUUUAUGGGAAAUACAGUGCGUUAAAGAACUGAGGGCUGAAUCGGCACUCAAGUGUAAAGUCAACACCACUUUUGGUUCACACUUUCUUUGUAGGUGAAUUUGUUACAAAAUAUUUUUGUUUUUGCAAUACAUUAUUUCACUUUCAACAAUUGUUCCACUAUAAAAUGUAUCAACUCAUUAACUACUAUGCCUAAGGGUGUGAGCUUUGUUAUGUCCUGGACUGAUGUUUCGUCUGCGUAGAUUAUCCUUACAAAUGCAUUUUCUGUUUUAAAACUGCACUUUCAAAAAGUUUUUUAAAUUAGCGGAACUGUGAUAUUUUGGAUGCAGUAAUCGCCUGAUGCAGCAGGAUUAUUUAACUUUUUUUGCUGUGCGGGUAGCUCCAGGACACUGGUCUAUUCCGCAACGAGGCUGUAGUUAGAGGGGCCAGGGUGAAUUGAGCUGUUGUUGUGAUUUAAGUGGGGAGAGCAUAGGUUACGUACUAGGAUAUUAUGAGCAGAGGUUUUGGGGGAAUUUGAACUUUCUCAGCCCUGCCAGUGGCGGAGGUGGUGAUGGGGUCUCUAGCAUCGGUUGACCGGCUCAGCCUGCCGUGGCUGUGUGGCGAUGUGUUCUGUCAUUGUGGCCAUCCACUAUUAGUAGAAUCACUGAACCCUUGUGUCUCAUGCUUUCACAAUCACAAAGAGCGUGUCUCUCCCAGUGGCUUGUUCUACCACGGGAGGAAAUCAGUCCAACAAUACCGGCCUUUGUCUAACUCUCCUUGGCAACCCGCCCUGGCAACUCCCGUCAGGCUGAAAAUUGUUGCCACGGCGAUCGAGCAAUGCCAUACAGACUGGCUACAGGGAGCAGGGCUGCGUCCGAGGAGGUCGGUGCCAGACGCUCUCUCUCUCCCCCCCCCCUCUCUUGCUCCUGGAUGACACACCACAACCCAUUUGUUAGGCCCUAAUGUUACAGCUUCCACCAGAGACAAGCCUCUGGCUACAUGUGGUGGAGGAUGUGAUGAUUUAUAAGAAACUCCACUGGGAGUACAUUGGCUUCUGUGUGGGGUUUCCAAGUCAGAAUGGGGCUGUAAAGGAUGAUAUGUGGAUUGUGUUGUAGAGUGUCAUGCUCUUGGCUUUAGGGGGAUCAUUAGUGCUAAACAAAUCAAAGCAUAUAUUAGGAGCUGGGCUAAAACAGACAUAAUAGGCCAGUAGGGUGUACAGUACCAGACAUUGUAAGUUGGGCUUGUUUGGAGAGAGGGUCUUGCAUGGUGCUGAGUUUGCUCUGACCUAUUGAUUAUGGUCACAACUUGGUCAACAACCUUUCACAGUGUUUUUGUUUCUACAGGGGGAUGUGAUGAAAUGCUACUAUAUCCUAUAUAUAAAGCCUUUCGUGAUUAUUCAGUACAGGAUAUUAUACUGCUAUUGAAUCAUCCCAGAUUAUUCAAUGCAGGACAUUAUACUGCUAUAUGUGAUGACAUAAACCACUACAGCAAUAAUUUUACAAUGUACCACAAUAUAAAUGUACACAAUAUCGUCUAGCACAAUGCUCAUGUUCCCCAAACAGUCUGCCACAAUGCUCAUGUUCCCCAAACAGUCUGCCACAAUGCUCAUGUUCCCCAAACAGUCUGCCACAAUGCUCAUGUUCCCCAAACAGUCUGCCACAAUGCUCAUGUUCCCCAAACAGUCUGCCACAAUGCUCAUGUUCCCCAAACAGUCUGCCACAAUGCUCAUGUUCCUCAAACAGUCUGCCACAAUGCUCAUGUUCCCCAAACAGUCCUCCACAAUGCUCACGUUCCCCAAACAGUCUGCCACAAUGCUCACGUUCCCCAAACAGUCUGCCACAAUGCUCAUGUUCCCCAAACAGUCUGCCACAAUGCUCAUGUUCCCCAAACAGUCUGCCACAAUGCUCAUGUUCCCCAAACAGUCUGCCAGAAUGCUCACGUUCCCCAAACAGUCUGCCAAAAUGUUCACGUUCCCCAAACAGUCUGCCACAAUGUUCACAUCUCUUGGCUGUUGGACAUACUGAGUAAUGUGUUGGGCAUGCUGAGUAAUGUGUUGGGCAUGCUGAGUAAUGUGUUGGGCAUGCUGAGUAAUGUGUUGGGCAUACUGAGUAAUGUGUUGGGCAUACUGAGUAAUGUGUUGGGCAUACUGAGUAAUGUGUUGGGCAUGCUGUGUAAUGUGUUGGGCAUACUGAGUAAUGUGUUGGGCAUGCUGAGUAAUGUGUUGGGCAUGCUGUGUAAUGUGUUGGGCAUACUGAGUAAUGUGUUGGGCAUGCUGAGUAAUGUGUUGGGCAUGCUGAGUAAUGUGUUGGGCAUGCUGUGUAAUGUGUUGGGCAUGCUGAGUAAUGUGUUGGGCAUGCUGAGUAAUGUGUUGGGCAUACUGAGUAAUGUGUUGGGCAUACUGAGUAAUGUGUUGGGCAUACUGAGUAAUGUGUUGGGCAUGCUGAGUAAUGUGUUGGGCAUGCUGUGUAAUGUGUUGGGCAUACUGAGUAAUGUGUUGGGCAUGCUGAGUAAUGUGUUGGGCAUGCUGAGUAAUGUGUUGGGCAUGCUGUGUAAUGUGUUGGGCAUGCUGAGUAAUGUGUUGGGCAUGCUGAGUAAUGUGUUGGGCAUGCUGUGUAAUGUGUUGGGCAUGCUGAGUAAUGUGUUGGGCAUGCUGAGUAAUGUGUUGGGCAUGCUGAGUAAUGUGUUGGGCAUACUGAGUAAUGUGUUGGGCAUACUGAGUAAUGUGUUGGGCUAUGUACAUGCAGCCAGUGUGGUCGGAGUGAACAUCACCAGUCAGACUCCUCUGGUACGAGGCACGCUGGGCGGCGAGGCCCUCCUCUCCGUCAGGUACACCAGCAGUAGCUCCGAUCAACCUGUCAUCAAGUGGCAGCUGAAGAGGGACAAGCAGCAGCCUAUCACAGUGGUCCAGUCCCUGGGCACCAGUAUCAUCGGGAACCUUCGUCCUGAGUACAGAGACCGCAUCCUGGUGUACGAGAACGGCACCCUGCAUCUCCACAACCUGCAACUGUCUGACGAAGGUGGCUACGAAGUGGAGAUCUCCAUUACGGACGACGCGUUCACCGCGGAGCGCAACAUCAACCUCACUGUAGACGUACCUCUUUCCAGACCAUAUAUCCAGAUGAUAGCCUCCUCAGUCCUCGAGUUAAGUGAACUUUUCACCUUACACUGUUCCCACGACAAUGGGACCAAACCCACCUACGGCUGGCUGAAAGGAGGCCAGGUGCUGACCAAUGACUCACGCCUACUCCUGUCACAUGACCAGAAGUACCUGACCAUUGCCCGGGUGCUCAUGUCAGAUGAUGACAUCUACAGCUGUACUGUGGAGAACCCAAUCAGUAGCAUGAGAAGUGUGCCUGUCAAGCUCACCGUCUACAGACGGAGUUCCCUGUAUAUCAUUCUUUCCACUGGAGGGAUUUUCCUCCUCAUCACCCUGGUGACGGUGUGUGCUUGCUGGACACCCUCGAAAAAAAAGAAGCGACAAGGUGCCAUGGCGGCCAUGUUGCCGAGAUCUCCUGAAUAUGUAGAGCCAGGAGACAUCCGUUACGAUGUUGAUGUGGUGCCAAAAACAAUUACCCAUGGGACCCAUGGAACCCAUGGAACCCUAGGAACCCUUGGUCGUAGGAGCCCAAUGGCUCUUUAUGUAGUCAAUGAAGAUGAGAGUGUUGAAGGUGAGGACGAGGGUUCAGCCAGCUCCAUCAGCCCCUCGGAUUUCAACGCGCCCGGUUACCCCAGCCCCAUCACACGUUCCUCCUGCUCACCUGAUGCACCUCUUCGGCCCGUCCACAAAUACCCCCGUAACCCUUUGUCCUCACCUCCAGCCACCCCACUAAGGCCCCCUUGCCAGCCACCUGCCUCAGCUCCAUCUUCUGGUUCACCUCAACAUUUUCUGAGUUUGGGGCGUAAUUUCAGCCCCCUCAUGGGCCUCCCCAUCAGUCGGCAGACAAAGGAGUCCACGGCCACUCCGGUGGCCAGCUCCCAAGAGUAACGACUGAAUGACCACCUACGCUCACAUAUGUUGCUUUUUUCACUCCAAAGCCGUGGAGUCAUUAUAUGUACAUAUGUAAAUAGCGUAUGUUUUGGGAACCUUUUACCUCGAAAUACAUUUUCACUUAACAUGUCAUCAUAAAAUAGUUUUUCUAUAACAUAUAUAAACGUAUGACAUUUUAUAACCUGAAGAAUAAAGGCUAUGUUGGAAAAUUCCUCUAGUUUAAAAGGGUCUCUUGUUUUUUUAAAUGUUCCUCCCUGUUUUUCAUUUUGUACAUCACAAUAAGUUAUGCAGUGCUUUCAUUUAAGUUUUGGAAACUUUGAAACUGUACUUGUGAACCAAGGGUGCUGAACACAGAUGCUUUAAAAUACAUGAAAGAUUUGCAAGAUAAUAUGUUUUUAAACCAUGUAACCCCUCCCCCGCUCCUUUUUAUUAACAUUUUAUUAUUAGCAUAUUUUCUUUUACUUCUAGCACAUUGACAGCUACUCCACUGACAAAGUUUUCUUACUACCCCUGGAGUAUGACAGCCACACCGACACUGCAUGAAAAGGCCUGUUUCGGAGUGUGUCCAUAAGUAAAGAUCUCUGUAAUGGUGACAGGUAAAAGGCCAGCGCAGAGAAGAUGCGAUGUAAAACUAUUUUAACCAGUCGUAAGAAGUCAGCUCUUGACAUUUCUGGAAACUCCUCGAACUUUGAACAUGCAAAUUAGUUCUUAACACUUGUCUUUUGUCCUCAUUCUAAUUUCAACAGUGUACACUCAGCAGGCAACCUGAAGUAAAAAGCAGUACACUUAAAAAAAAAAUUGUAUUUACAACUUU